CGGGAAACCACUCUAAAACAGCUUGAAAUGCUCUAAAAACAUGCCUCAUGCAUUUUUUUCACUUGCCCCUCACGGUAGCAAUUUUGAGAAAUGUGUGUGAAGUGUGUGUGCUCAGUAGCGGCCCCCCGACCGUGGCAAGUGGUAUUGCAAGUAUACACACUACAGGAAGUGUGUAUGAUUCAACCAAUCAGGGCACCUCGUGAUCCAAGUUGUGAUUAAGAAAAUAAAAUGGUAUUUCCUGUAGAUUUAAACCAGGUAAUUAUUAUUUUAGUAACCGUAGCAACUAAAAUAGUGUAAACAUAAAAUUCCUGCAUUACAAUUGCAAUUUAUCUACAUGUUAUUUAAUAUUCAUUACACUUUUUUGCUUUAUAAAAAUACGUUCAUUCUUUUAAGCUUAUUUAAAAAAAUGUCUCGUGCAUUUUUCAUGUUCUAAACAUAAAAAUAAGAUUCAAGAUUCAAGAGGUUUUUAUUCGCCAUGUUUGAGCGUGCCAAACAAGGAAUUUGACUUCGGUAAAUUGCAUGGUAUUGCAUGUGUUAGCUUCGUGCGGCUAACGGCUUAACAGCACUCCAUAACGUGUGGUUAGCUUCAUGCUGCUAAAACCGGCUUCAUAACGUGUGACGGCGCCAGGCUGACUGCUCCUUGACGACACGCUGCUCCUAUCGUAACACAACAUACACGAGCCAGAAAUGUCCAAAAGGAAAGCAAGAAAAAAGCCUGCUGAUGAAGCAACCUUUUACAUUCAGUCAUCAAAGGACAAACCUGGACUAGUAGAAAGAUUUAUUGAUGAUCAAAAAGGAAGAGACGUGUUUGCUACUCAGCCCUCUGAACAAGGAGAUUUCAUCUUAGAAUACAGGGGUCAACUUCUGUCAGUAGAAAAAUGCCAAACAAGCAAGUACUCUGAAAAGGAGAGUACUUUUCUCUUUGACUUUGAAUGGCAGAAUCAUUACUGGUGUAUUGAUGCAUCAACAGAGGAUGGCUCUCUUGGAAGAUUACUGAAUGACAACCACAAGUCUCCAAACUGCACCAUGAAAAAAAUAAUAGUAAAUGAUGAGCCCCAUUUGUGCCUUUUUGCCAUCAAAAACAUAGAAAUGGGAACUGAAAUCGAUUACAACUAUGGUGAUUCUAAAUGGCCAUGGCAUGAAGAAGUGACAGGCUCUCAGGCUCCGGUUGACGGUGGGCAGCUUGAACCAGACAGAUGUUUGCUGGACUCUUACUCUGAUGAUAGCAUCGAACAACAUGUCAGCCUACAGGUGACAGGCUCUCAGGCUCCGGUUGAUGGUGGGCAGCUUGAACCAGACAGAAGUUUGCAGGACUCUUACCCUGAUGAUAGCAUCAAACAACAUGCCAGCCUACAGGUGACAGGCUCUCAGGCUCUAGUUGAUGGUGCGCUGCUUGAACCAGCCAGAACUUUGCAGGACUCUUACCCUGAUGAUAGCAUCAAACAGGAUGCCAGCCUACAGGUAAAGAAAAAGUUGUAAAAAGAAGCUGGACCCCAGAGGAAUGUGCUGCAGUAAAUAAACAUUUAAGGAAGUAUAUAUUGACAAAUCAGGUUCCUGGUAAGUUUGACUGCGAGAGAUGCAUUGCUGCAGAACCACAAGCACUGAGUAGCAGAGACUGGAAAGCUGUUAAGUACUUUGUCAAAAAUAGAAUAACCACCAUGAGGAGAAAAUAUGAGUGAAAGAGCUUCCCUUAACAGAGGUAGAAACACAUGGCUGGUCCUGUUUCACCAUUUGUUCACUAUUUGUCAUGUGUGUGUAGGUGGACCUCUUAAAGUUGAAAUACUAAAAGCGAGCCCCAUAACUGACUAAAAAUCUCAUGUGUGUAAAGGUGGACCCCGCAAAGCCUGAAGGUUAGAAACAGGCCCCACAUGUGACGGAAAAACUGACAUGUAAAAUAAAGUUUUGAAUUGUGUUUAUUGAAA